CAGCGACAGUUUUCAUUCAGCUAUCGUUGUGAACCAUAGAGAGGACAUUGAAUUAGUCACAAAAAGAAGAAAAUAUCAAAAGGAAUGGACUUUGGGUGUAUUAAAGUUCCUCGGUUUCAAUGUACUUAAGUGUACGGCUUGUUCCAGUGCCAUUAAGGCUGACUGUUCAGUGAAUGUGAAAAAUAGUUUAAAGUUUAUCGCGAUAAUUGUAAAACCGCAACAGUGACAAAUGUUUUGUGCAAUAAAUUAAGAGUAAAGUGUUAACUAAAGUUAUUCAAUUUGAUUGUGGCCGUUGGAUAAUAACAAAUUUUGAGAUUACUGACAAUUAUACCCAUUGGAUUCGAUACAAUUACACACAAGACGCAGAACGUGUUACUCACAGGUCUUAUGCCGUGAGACAAUGAAGUUGCUUCUAGGCUUGUUGUUGCUAGCAACAAUCAAGACAGUUUUAAGCAACAGUAGCAACAAUGGUAAAAGUGAUGCAUCAUCCGCAACCGCAUUAAAAUCUAACAAUACGAUAAUUCAUCACACAAAAUUCGACACCACACUAAACCAUUUGGUAGUCGAUAGAAAUACGGGACGGGUGUUCAUUGGCGGAGUAAAUCGUCUGUAUCAACUCUCGCCCGAUUUAGAUAUUCAAGCAGUAGCCGUCACAGGUCCUCGAAACGAUUCAACCGACUGCACGGCAUUGGAAUGCACCAAAACCGAUACAGUCCGAUCGCUUAUCGACAACUAUAACAAAGUGCUGUUAAUCGAUUACAGCACCAGUCGUUUAAUUACUUGCGGUUCGGUGUUCCAAGGUGUUUGCACUGUACGAAAUUUACAAAAUGCAAGCAUUGUCGAACAGGAGAUCCAGGAAGCUGUGGUCGCCAACAACAAUACAGCGUCUACGGUAGCAUUCAUUGCUCCCGGUCCGCCUGCGCCACCAGUUACCAAUGUUAUGUAUGUCGGCGUCACAUACACUGGUAACUCACCGUAUCGUAGUGAAAUACCAGCUGUAUCGUCACGAAGCUUGGAAAAAGGAAAAAUGUUUCAAAUCGCUUCGGCUGCCGUCACAACUGGCACUAGAAUGUUUAUUAAUUCGUAUGCGCGUGAAUCCUAUAUUGUUAACUAUGUUUAUGGAUUUAGUUCCGAACGAUUUUCGUAUUUUUUGACGACACAAUUGAAGCACAAUUUCCAUUCUACGCCGAAGGAGUACAUAACGAAAUUAGUUCGCAUUUGUCAGGAAGACUCGAAUUACUAUUCCUACACUGAGAUACCGGUGGAUUGUAUUAGCGAAGCACAAGGCGGCACCAAAUACAACUUGGUUAGAGCAGCAUAUUUGGGAAAACCUGGUGCUGAUUUGGCAGAAAAUUUGGGCAUAACACCGCAAGACGAUGUUCUGUACGCUGUCUUCUCCGAAGGAAAAGAAAAUGUUCCAACAAAUCGAUCUGCAUUGUGUGUGUACUCUCUAAAAGCGAUUCGACGAAAGUUCAUGCAAAAUAUCAAGGCCUGUUUUAAUGGAAAUGGUGCCCGUGGACUCGAUUUCAUUUCUCCAAACAUGAAUUGUGUAUCAACUAAAUUGCAAACGAUCAGCGAAGACUUUUGUGGAUUGGAUGUAAAUUCUCCGUUAGGUGGCGAACAACCAAUUGCUGCGGUACCAGUUACAUUGAUCCCUCAUCAAUUAACUGCAGUAGCAGCGACACGUACGUCUGGUUACACAGUAGUCUUUAUCGGCACACUCGAAGGUCACUUGAAGAAAGUGGUAGUGGAGUCAGCUACAUCAGCUAUUGAAUAUGCCGAUAUUGUCAUCGAUGAAGGUUCAAAGGUCAACGCUGACAUGCAUUUCGAUGCUCAAGAGUUGAAUUUGUACGUGAUGACCAACAACAAAGUCGCCAAAGUGAAGGUCCACGAUUGUACUGUAUUCCAAACGUGCAGCGACUGUUUGGGCGCAAAGGAUCCAUAUUGUGGUUGGUGCUCGUUGGAGAACAAGUGUAGCCUACGAUCGAAUUGCCAAGACGAUACGAACGACCCAUUGUUUUGGGUCAGUUAUAAGACUGGCAAAUGUACCACCAUUAUGAAUGUGUCGCCGCAUCAAUUGCAACGAACUACUGCGCGUACAUUGGAAUUACAAAUCGACCAUUUACCAGCAUUGAAAGAGCAAUUGGUUUGUGCAUUUACUACAGCAGACAAGCCAACUAUUUACACAAAUGCUACAAGAAAACGGAACGGCGUAAAUUGUACGACACCGAGAACCGAUCUGUUGCCACAGAUUGCUCAAGGAAAGCAUCAUUUUACGACCAAACUGUCGGUACGAACAGUAAAUGGUCCUGAUUUGGUAUCAACGAAUUUCACCUUUUUCGACUGCAGCACCCAUUUGUCUUGUACCCGAUGCGUUUCCUCCCAAUUUCCUUGCGAUUGGUGUGUAGAGGCGCAUCGAUGUACCCACGAUACAGCUGAAAAUUGUCGUAAUGACAUUUUGGUGACCGGUGUUAGUCGAAUUGGUCCAAGUUACCGUUCCGGACCUGGAUUCUGUCCAACAAUUAAUGCAACUGGCGAUGGAAGCGAAAUUCUUGUAGCUGCUGGUGCCAAGAAAUCGAUUAAGGUCAAAGUUCACAUCAUCGGACAAUUCAUUGUUCAGACACGUUUUGUGUGCCAGUUCAACAUCGAAGGAAGAGUUACCAGUGUUAAUGCUCAACUAUUAGGUGACACAAUUUACUGCGAUCCAAUGGAAUUUGUCUAUACGUCGAAAUCACCAAAUCUGACCGCUACCUUUGCUGUUAUCUGGGGUGGCAGCAAACCAUUGGACAAUCCGCACAACAUUCAUGUUGUUAUAUACCGAUGUCGUGACAUGUGUGAUAGUUGCGGUACAUGCUUGGCAUUACCGGAAAAGUACAAUUGUGGUUGGUGUCAGUCCACAUCAACUUGCGAAGUUGAUGAUCAGUGUAGCAAACAGGACGAGAAGAAAAACGAUUGGUUGAAUCGUCAGCAAACUUGCCCCAAUCCGAAGAUUCACUCGUUCAAACCAAUCACAGGUCCGUGGGAAGGUGGCACUAACAUCACAAUUCGCGGCAUAAAUUUGGGAAAAAAUUUCACCGACAUCUAUUCCGGAGUUAAAGUGGCGGGCAUCAGCUGCAUGCCGUAUCAGGAUUUGUACGUCGACACCAAAGAAAUUGUCUGCACUGUUGACAGUCCUGGCGUGCAACAAUACAGACACGGCAGAAUCGUUGUUCAAAUAGCUGAUUAUCGCGGUGAAUCAACGUCCGACUAUGAAUUCGUGGAUCCGCAAAUCGAGGACUUCAAUCCGAAGUUCGGACCUAUUUCGGGUGGCACCCAAGUGACCAUAAUGGGAAAACAUUUGAAUGCGGGCAGUCGCAUCAAGGCCUAUAUCGAUGAACAACCGUGUGAAAUAUUAAGUGCUGAUGAUACGCAAGCAUUGUGUCGUACAAGUCCGGCUAAAAGCCAGAAUAAAGGAAAGCUAAAAAUGACUUUCGACAAUGGAGUUCGUGAGUUUAAUGGUGAUCCCUAUGAAUAUGUGAAAGAUCCGACCAUCGAGUAUGUAUCGUCUGGUCCGACUGGCCAAUGGAAAUCGCCAAAAGGCAUUCCAGCAGGAGGCAUAAAAAUAACCGUUGUUGGCAACCAGUUUGAGGCUAUUCAGCAACCAAACAUGUAUGUGUACUUCGAGGGCAAAACAUACCUCAGCGAAUGCAGAGUGGUAUCCAAUGCAGAACUGACCUGCUAUUCGCCAAGCAUCGACGAUCCCGACAAUUCGGAUCAACUGAAAAAUCUAAAUGCUGAUACACCGGCCCACCUAGAGUACGGCUUUAAGAUGGACGAUGUUGUUGAAGUAAGGAAUCUCUCCAACAAGGACAAUCACCAUCCGUUUGAAUUGUAUCCCAAUCCGGUGUACUUGAAGUUCGAAGAAAAUGUCAAAUAUUUCAAGAGCGAAUAUUUGACCAUAAACGGCCGUAAUUUGGAUCGGGCGUGUCGAGAAAGUGAUGUUGUUGUUAUGGUAGGCAAUGGGAUUUGUAACAUUACAUCUCUAUCCCGUCAGCAAUUAACCUGUCGACCACCGGUGGAAGCGACUGAUGCAAAUGAGGCACCAACUGUAAGCGUAACAGUGGGCAAUGUUUUAACCUACGAAAUUGGUGUACUAAGCUACGCGUCGCCCAAUCUAAUGCAUGGACUCAGUCGUCAUGCACUGUUUGGCGUGAUUGCAGGUGUUGUCUUUUUGCUGUUCAUUUUUGUUGUGUUGCUCAUCGCCUACCGCAAAAAGACCAGUGAAAGCAAUCGAGUCCUUAAGAACAUGCAAGAACAAAUGGACAUCCUUGAACUCCAAGUAGCGGCUGAAUGUAAAGAGGCCUUCGCCGAACUGCAAACGGAAAUGGGUGAUCUCACCGGUGAUCUAACAUCAGGCGGCAUUCCAUUCUUGGACUAUCGAACAUAUGCAAUGAAAAUCCUGUUCCCAAACCACGAAGAGCACUGCGUUUUGCAAUGGGAACGGCCGGAAUUGCUGCGAAAAGAAAAAGGCCUAAGACUUUUCGGACAGUUAAUUAUGAACAAAACGUUUCUGUUGCUCUUUAUCCGUACACUCGAAAGCAAUCGUUAUUUUUCGAUGAGGGAACGUGUCAACGUGGCCUCUCUGAUAAUGGUGACACUGCAAAGUAAGCUGGAGUACUGCACAGACAUUUUGAAAACUCUGCUAGCCGAAUUAAUAGAGAAAAGUGUUGACGGCAAAAGUCAUCCGAAAUUACUGUUGCGUCGCACAGAAAGUGUGGCCGAGAAAAUGCUCAGCGCAUGGUUCACUUUCUUGUUGUACAAAUUUCUAAAGGAAUGUGCCGGAGAACCGUUGUACAUGUUAUUCCGUGCUGUCAAAGGCCAAGUGGAUAAAGGACCCGUCGAUGCGGUAACACACGAGGCCAGAUAUUCACUGAGUGAGGAGAAACUGAUUCGUCAAUUGAUUGAAUUUAAAGUGAUGACAGUGUAUGCAAGCAUAACACAACAACCAAUCAUCUGCAAUAACAUGGAAAUGCUUCCAACGAACACGGAAAAUAUUCCAGUUAAAGUGCUCGACUGUGAUACAAUUGGUCAAGUGAAAGAAAAAUGUCUGGACACCAUUUAUCGAAACACCCCGUGGAGUCAGCGACCGCGUCGCGAUGACUUGGAUUUGGAAUGGCGUACCGGUACAACAGGCCGCGUAAUACUGUACGAUGAGGAUUCCACAUCAAAAUUGGAAAGUGAAUGGAAAAAAUUGAACACAUUGCAUCAUUAUCGGGUACCGGAUGGCGCCUGUUUGAGUUUGGUGUCCAAGCAAAGUUCCAUAUACAAUUUCUCAAUAUUGUCGGAUAAAAACGAUAAAUCUCACAAAUACGAGACUUUGAAUCUGUCGAAAUAUGCAUCGUCUAGUCCGCCAUUUAGUCGUGCUGGCAGCCCACUGAAUAAUGACAGCCAAGAGAACGGAUUGAGAUGGUGGCAUUUGGUCAAGCACCAUGACAUUGACUUACAGAAAGAGGGUGAACGUGUGAACAAAAUGGUUUCCGAGAUUUAUUUGACACGACUGUUAGCCACUAAAGGCACAUUACAGAAAUUUGUCGACGAUUUGUUUGAAACGAUAUUCAGUACGGCCCAUCGUGGAUCGGCGCUUCCAUUAGCCAUUAAGUAUAUGUUUGAUUUUCUGGACGAUCAGGCAAUAUUACAUGGUAUUACUGAUCCAGAAGUAGUGCAUACGUGGAAAAGUAAUAGUUUACCGUUAAGAUUUUGGGUAAAUCUAAUAAAAAAUCCGAAUUUUGUGUUUGACAUACACAAAUCGAAUAUCGUUGACUCAUGUUUGUCUGUCGUUGCUCAAACAUUUAUGGACUCAUGUUCAACAUCCGAUCAUAGAUUAGGUAAAGAUUCACCCAGUUCAAAAUUGUUGUACGCCAAAGACAUUCCAUCGUACCGAAGAUGGGUCGACCGUUACUAUUCCGACAUCCGUGAUAUGCCCGCCAUUUCAGAUCAGGACAUGAACGCAAUGCUGGCCGAAGAGUCUAGGAUGCACACAACGGAGUUCAACACAAAUUGUGCCCUCCACGAACUAUAUUUAUACGCUGUGAAAUACAACGAGCAAUUAACUGUUACUUUAGAGGAAGAUGAAUUUUCACAAAAACAACGACUUGCCUAUAAAUUAGAGCAAGUACACAACAUCAUGUCAACCGAAAAUCCCAACAACUUUUAAAUUAUAAGAAAAAUCAUGAGCUGAAAGUGUUUAAAGCUUAAGUUUCAAAAUUAUAAAUUAGAAAAACCUCGAUAGGAAUGAAAGGAAUUCGGAAUGAAUUGUGACUGACAAAACCAAGCGAGAAAAGAAGAAAAAAAAUGUGAAAAAUGAGAACGAACAUUAUUUGCGGUCAAAAUAUGGCAUAGAGGAUUGAACAGGUGUUUGAAAACGAAUUUUUGAUGUCGGAUUUAAAAUGGAUUUAAUUGUAAAAUCAACCGAAAUGUAAGCGCGAGCUAGCGAGCAUUUUCAACUAAAAACGAUGAUAUAGAAUGAAGAAAAAAAAAACGGUAAGAGUUUUUUAAGACUUUUUUAAAAUUAUUUUUUUAUUUUUUAAAAGAAAAUAGUAGAAAUACAAGUAAAAUAAUUUGAAAAAAUGAAAAGAAAAUUAAUUCACUCUCUGUGUAAUGGUCUUCUUUAUAUAAAGCAAAACAAACAAACAAACAAAAAAAAUAUGUAAAAAUAUGACGUGUAUUUUUGUAAUAAUGAAUGGUAAUCAAGGUGUUAUCUACGUUAAAAUUAAGUAAACAAAAAAGUGAAAUAAAUAAAAUUUAAAAAAAAAUAUUGAAAAAAGAA